AUUGUCACUGUAGCUCAGGAAGUGAGUCAGGACCAGGGGCGGACUGACCAUUUGGAAACUCGGGCACUACCCGAGGGCCCGGGGUUAGUAGGGGGCCCCACGAGAUGCCCCUGGUACCUUUUUCAUAGGCUUUUUUGAGUUUGGGCAAGGACACAGGGGCCCCAUGAUCCCCUAUUGCCCAGGGGCCCCAUGAGCUGUCAGUCCGCCUCUGGUUGAAAGGUUAAGAAAGACUCAUUUAUAAUAACUUGCAAGACCACAUUGCUGUUAAAAAAGAUUGUCCCUAUGGUAGUUACACUGCCACCACCACUACCACCACUGUGAUGCACUUUAUUCCCA